AUGUCCAAAAACAUGGCUCCAAAAGGACAGAAACCAAAAUCUUCUAAAGAAGACGAUGCUCCUUUUUACCUGCGCAACAUUACAUUCUAUGAAACUGACCCUGACAAGUAUUUCGAAAACAUAUCCCUCGUCAAACGGCCAGGGUUCAAUACCACUGGAAAAGAAAUAGCAUUGUCUAUCAAUUCCUAUCCGAUAGUGCAAUUUCCGAAUAAGACCGUAUACCAAUACGACGUUCUCAUUGGAAAUGGCGCGGAAAAGCGUGCUCUUCUGGACAAGGUCUGGAAUUCCAAGGUCAGGAAAGAGAAACUUGGAAAAUAUUGGAUUUUUGAUGGUAAUAAGCUGGCAUGGUCCACUACGAAAUUGAGUCAAGAUUUAAAUGUCGUUAUCGACCUAGACGUUGAUGCAGGCCGUCUAGACUCGAAGAGAGCGAAUGCUUUUCGUUUAGUUGUGCGUCCAACUAAAAAGAUUAAUCUCGCAAUACUCGAUGAAUAUGUUCGUGGAACUAUUCCUCUAAAAGAUGAUGCCCAAGAAGCUUUCAAUUUCCUUGACCAUCUUUUACGUGAAACCCCCAGUAGGACAUUUAUUCCAGUCAAACGGUCGUUUUUUUCAGAGGACAACCCGAAAUUUGACCUUGGCGGGGGCGUUUUUGCCUACAAGGGAAUUUAUCAAGCCAUUCGUGCAGUUCAUCCUGGAAGGUUGGCUGUAAACGUUGAUGUUUCUAAUUCGUGCUUUUGGUCGCUUUAUUCUUUGGUCGGCCUAGCUAUUGGUAUUAUGGAUCUUCGAGACGUGCAACAGUUGAUUCAUUAUUCCAAGCCGGUUGUGGACCCAUGUGGAGGACAUCAACCUUCAAAACAAUUCCACUUGCUCGAUCGGUUGCACAAGCUCAGAGUUAGAGCAAACUAUCGUGGCUGCCCAUGCCUUGAUAAGGAAUGGACUGUCAAGGAGUUUCUUCUUGUCAACGCCAAGCAAUAUAAAUUUGACGUCAAGGACCAUGCGACCGGUACAUCUCGAACGAUGAAUAUUUACGAUUACUUCAAGGAGAAGUACAAUAUUAUUCUGGACUACUGGCAACUUCCUGUUGUUCAAAUGACCAAAGGAAAGGUCGUCUACCCAAUGGAGCUACUUGCAGUUUACCGCGCACAAAAAUAUCCUUUCAAGCUCAACGAGUUUCAGACUGCCCAAAUGAUCAAAUUUGCGGUUUCCAGGCCAUCAGAAAGACGACAGGCAAUAGAACGUUGCAAAAAGAAUCUUCGCCAUCCUGAAGAUGACGUACUCAAGGAGUACGGCCUUAAAGUUGCCGACUCCAUGGUGAGAACCAAGGCUCGACUUCUUCCAAAUCCGGAGAUACUUUUCGGAGGUAAUCAGAAAUUCAACCCUGGAACAAACGGUCGCUGGGACUUGCGUGGGAAAAAGUUUUACCUGCCAAACAGUAAACCAUUGAAAUCAUGGGGCAUUGGAUUCUUCAAAGGUCGACAUCCUAUCAGCGGACCUCAGAUCGAAGCCUUUUGCGACAAUUUUGUUAGAACAUAUCAAGGCCAUGGCGGCAUUGUGGAGACUAAGCGACCCGUCAUUAUGGAGCUUCCCCAGGAUCCAGCGAAAGCAGUUUAUGAACUGUUCAACGCAGUCGGUAACAAAUACAAUCAACGACCACAAAUUCUUAUUCUUGUGGUUCAAGACAAGCAGAGCUUCCACUACUUGCGCAUCAAGAAGUCUUGUGACUGUCGUUUUGGGGUCCCUUCUCAAGUACUUCAAGGACAACAAGUUGUCAAAGGGAGCCCGCAAUACAUCUCAAAUGUGCUAAUGAAAGUCAAUGCAAAACUUGGUGGAACUACUGCAAGGGCAAUUUCCAAAUACAACCCGUCUCUGCCACCGUAUACAAUGGUGAUAGGCGCCGACGUUUCCCAUGCUUCUCCUGGCAGUCAUGCACCAAGUAUGGCAUCGUUCACUGUCUGUAUGGACACAUUUGGUGGCCGAUACAAUGCAGGUUGCGAAACAAAUGGCGAACGCCGUGAAAUUAUUAGUCCCGCCAACAUCCGAGACAUCCUGGGACCCUUGAUUCGCGAAUGGGUCAUGAAUAUUGGGAAAGGUCGCAAUCCUCAGAACCUUUACUACUUCCGAGACGGUGUAUCUGAGGGGCAGCAGCAACACGUUCUCCAGCGUGAGAUCCGACAUAUCAAGGAUAUUUUCAAGGAUAUCGCCAUGGGAAAAGAGUGGGAAGGAAAAGUCACCGUUGUUAUUUGCUCAAAGAGGCAUCAUAUUCGAGCGUUCCCAGAGCCAAAUGACCGUAAUGCCGCUGACAAAAAUGGCAAUCCGCUCCCUGGGACAUUGGUUGAAAAAGAUGUGACAAACCCACAUGGCUACGACUUUUUCUUGUGGUCACACAUCGCACUCCAAGGCACUUCUCGCCCUGUGCAUUACCAGGUUCUCAUAGACGAAAUUGGCAGCUCUCCCAAUCAACUCCAAAAUAUGAUAUACGAGCACUGCUACCAAUACAUGCGCUCAACAACCUCAGUAUCUUUAUUCCCUGCAGUUUAUUACGCGCAUCUUGCUUCCAACCGCGCACGAUCUCAUGAGAAUGUUCCGUCAAGCUCAGGUCCGCAGUCAGGGCCCGGUGUUAAAAUGAAUCGUCCACCACAGCAAGGGCCAAGGCCGGUUGAGGCUCCUCCUUUGCUGCCAAUGCCUGAAGCAGACAGACUUGGUUACAAAGUGUGGUACAUUUAA